AUGGAUCAGAAUUGGGUUUCUAAAGGUUCAAUCUCUCCCUUUGCACGUUCUCUUGCUUAUGCCGUCUCUGCUUACUUGAUCAAGCAGCAAUUAUCUAAUUCUAUAGCGUACAGGAGAUCUGCCCAAAAAUCCAUUGAUAAUGGAUUCACCAAGGAAUCUUUUGAAGAGAAGAAUGAACAGUAUGAAUCAUCAGAGGAAGAAGAGUUUGAAGAAAUUGUUCAAGCAGACUUUGAGUUUUUUGAUCCAAAACCCGACGAUUUUCAUGGUGUGAAGAUCUUGUUGCAGACAUAUCUUGACAAUGAGGAAUGGAAUUUGAGUGGUUUUGUGGAUUUGAUAUUGGGACAGACCACAGUCGGGACUGUUGUUAAAGUAGAGGAUGAUGAAGAUGAUGGACUCUUCUCUGUCAUUACAGCUCUUAACUUGGCGAGAUAUAAGGAUCAUAAAUGUAUUAUCCAGCUGAAGGAUUUCCUCUUAAAGAUGUGCCACGAUAAGUAUGUAAUUGGUGAGUUGAGAUUGCUUUUGGGAGAGGAAGGGCAGAAUGUUGGCCUGUUGGUUUCUCAGCGUGUGCUGAACCUGCCGCCUCAGCUUUUGCCUCCUAUUUAUGAUGGACUUUUUGAUGAAAUUUCAUGGGCUACUGAAGAUGAGCCAACAGAAGAGCUCCGAAAUUCCUUCUGCUUCAAAUAUUAUAUUCUAGUCAGUAAAAUUUACAAGCUUAAGAAUGAAAACUCGAAAAAAAGGUCAAGUGGGUCAACUGAUGAGGAAAUAAUAUAUAUUAAACAAGAAGAUGAAAUUUUUCACCAGCUUAGUCUCUGGUCCUUCAUUUUUCCCUUGCAUAUUCACCAGGUUACAACUCAUGAGGCAAGUAUCUUCCUUUUCUCGGAAUACAAUGUUCAGAUUAAUUCUAACUCAGCUCCACUAGUCUAUCUAGUCAUUUCUCUUCUUCCUCUUUUCCCUUCAUAAAUAUAUUUUAGUGAGGAACAUUAACAUUUGAGGCUGCAACACUUAAUCAACACAUGUGGAUCUCUCCUCUCUCUUUUGCGUAGAGCAUCUUGAGAAAUCGAAAACUUUCAUUAGGAUCUUUUUAACUUUUGUUGCAAUUGAUGCAACUUACGGCUAAAA